ACGGCGGGGCUGCCGAGCGGACGGACCGUUCCUGCGCUCCUCCGCCCCCUGCGGGGCUCAGCCGGGCGUCUCCAUGAUGGGCUGGCUUGCAGCCCCCCUCCCAUCGGCGGCUCCCGCACCUCUCCUCCCUUCCGUGCCCCGGGUGCGGGCCCUGCGCGCCCCGCUCCGCCCCGGCUCCUGCUGACUCCGGCUCCUCCUGCGGUCCGGACCCGAGGAAACUUGAACUUCACUGUAGAAGAAGACCUGUCACCCUCUUAAUUUCUGGACUAUCACCAGAACAGGCCAUCAGGAUGUCUGGGGCCUCGGUGAAGGUGGCCGUUCGGGUCAGGCCCUUCAAUUCCCGCGAGACCAGCAAAGAAUCCAAAUGCAUCAUCCAGAUGCAAGGCAACUCAACCAGUAUUGUCAACCCAAAGAACCCCAAAGAAGCGCCAAAGUCCUUCAGUUUUGACUACUCUUACUGGUCUCACACUUCGCCUGAAGAUCCUUGCUUCGCAUCUCAGAACCGGGUGUACAAUGACAUUGGCAAAGAAAUGCUCUUGCAUGCCUUUGAGGGCUACAAUGUCUGCAUCUUUGCCUACGGACAGACAGGUGCUGGAAAAUCCUACACGAUGAUGGGCAAGCAGGAAGAAAGUCAGGCGGGCAUUAUCCCACAGUUAUGUGAAGAGCUGUUUGAGAAAAUCAAUGACAAUAAUAAUGAGGAGAUGUCCUACUCUGUGGAGGUGAGUUACAUGGAAAUUUACUGCGAGAGAGUCCGGGACUUGCUGAAUCCGAAGAACAAGGGUAAUUUGCGGGUCCGAGAACACCCUCUUCUCGGGCCCUAUGUAGAAGACCUCUCCAAGCUGGCAGUUACUUCUUACACAGACAUUGCAGACCUCAUGGAUGCUGGGAACAAAGCCAGGACUGUGGCAGCUACCAACAUGAACGAGACCAGUAGUCGUUCCCAUGCUGUUUUUACCAUUGUUUUUACCCAGAAGAAACAUGAUUCUGAAACAGACCUUUCCACUGAGAAGGUCAGUAAGAUUAGCCUGGUGGAUCUGGCUGGGAGCGAGAGAGCUGAUUCAACUGGGGCCAAAGGGACUCGGUUAAAGGAAGGAGCAAAUAUCAACAAAUCUCUCACAACUCUGGGAAAAGUCAUUUCAGCUUUAGCAGAAGUGGAUAACUGCACCAGCAAGAGUAAAAAGAAGAAGAAAACAGAUUUUAUUCCAUACAGGGAUUCUGUGCUCACUUGGCUUCUAAGGGAAAACCUAGGUGGGAACUCAAGGACUGCAAUGGUAGCUGCUCUGAGUCCAGCUGAUAUCAACUAUGAUGAAACUUUGAGCACUUUAAGAUAUGCAGACCGGGCAAAGCAAAUUAAAUGUAAUGCUGUUAUUAAUGAGGAUCCCAAUGCCAAACUGGUGCGUGAAUUGAAAGAGGAAGUGACGAGGCUGAAGGAUCUCCUGCGCGCUCAAGGAUUGGGAGAUAUUAUCGACAUCGAUCCAUUGAACGAUGAUUUCUCUGGAAGUGGAGGCAAAUAUCUGAAAGAUUUUCAGAACAAUAAGCAUAGGUACUUGCUAGCCUCUGAGAACCAACGACCUGGCAAUUUUUCCACAGCAUCCAUGGGGUCCCUUACUGCAUCUCCAUCUUCCUGCUCACUCAGUAGUCAGGUGGGCCUAACAUCAGUGACCAGUAUUCAGGAGAGGAUCAUGUCUACCCCUGGAGGAGAGGAGGCCAUCGAACGUCUAAAGGAAUCUGAGAAGAUCAUUGCUGAGCUGAAUGAGACCUGGGAAGAGAAACUGCGCAAGACAGAGGCCAUCAGGAUGGAGAGGGAGGCCUUGCUUGCUGAGAUGGGAGUUGCCAUCCGGGAAGAUGGAGGAACCCUGGGGGUCUUCUCACCAAAAAAGACACCACAUCUUGUUAACCUCAAUGAAGAUCCCCUCAUGUCAGAGUGCCUCCUCUACUACAUCAAAGAUGGCAUCACAAGGGUUGGCCAGGCAGAUGCUGAGAGGCGUCAGGACAUUGUGCUGAGUGGGGCUCACAUCAAAGAGGAGCACUGUGUCUUCCGCAGCGAGAGGAAUCACAAUGGGGAUGUCAUUGUGACCUUGGAACCCUGUGAGCGUUCAGAAACCUACGUCAACGGCAAGAGGGUUGUUCAGCAUGUGCAACUGCGCUCAGGAAACCGCAUUAUCAUGGGUAAAAAUCACGUUUUCCGUUUCAACCAUCCGGAGCAAGCGAGGGCCGAGCGGGAGAAGACGCCAUCUGCCGAGACUCCUUCCGAGCCAGUGGACUGGACCUUUGCCCAGAGGGAAUUGCUAGAGAAGCAGGGCAUUGAUAUGAAGCAGGAGAUGGAGAAAAGACUCCAGGAAAUGGAGAUCUUGUACAAGAAAGAGAAAGAGGAAGCCGACCUUUUGUUGGAACAACAGAGACUGGAUUAUGAAAGUAAAUUGCAGGCCUUGCAGAAGCAGGUUGAAACCCGUUCCCUGGCUGCUGAAACUACUGAGGAGGAAGAAGAGGAAGAGGAAGUUCCUUGGACCCAACAUGAGUUUGAGCUGGCACAGUGGGCUUUCCGGAAAUGGAAAUUUCACCAGUUCACCUCACUGCGGGACCUGCUGUGGGGGAAUGCAGUUUACCUGAAGGAAGCGAAUGCCAUCAGUGUGGAGCUGAAGAAAAAGGUGCAGUUUCAGUUUGUCCUGCUCACUGAUACACUGUACUCCCCUCUGCCCCCUGAGUUACUUCCCCCGGAGAUAGAAAAACCCCAGGAUGACAGGCCCUUUCCUCGGACGGUGGUGGCUGUGGAAGUUCAGGAUCUGAAGAAUGGAGCAACACAUUACUGGUCCCUGGAGAAACUCAGGCAAAGGCUGGAGCUGAUGCGGGAGAUGUAUGACCGGGCAGGGGAAAUGGCCUCCAGCGCCCACGAGGAAGGCGAGACCUCGUUGACCGGCAGUGAUCCAUUUUAUGAUCGGUUCCAUUGGUUCAAGCUGGUCGGCAGCUCCCCUAUUUUCCACGGCUGUGUGAAUGAGCGCCUUGCUGACCGCACGCCCUCCCCCACUUUUUCCACGGCCGAUUCCGACAUCACCGAGCUGGCCGACGAGCAGCAGGACGAGAUGGAGGACUUUGACGACGAGGCAUUCGUGGAUGACGCCGGCUCUGAUGCAGGGACAGAGGAGGGAUCGGACCUCUUCAGUGAUGGGCACGACCCAUUUUACGACCGAUCCCCUUGGUUCAUUUUAGUGGGAAGGGCGUUUGUCUACCUGAGCAAUCUGCUGUAUCCUGUGCCCCUAAUUCACCGAGUAGCCGUUGUCAGUGAGAAGGGGGAAGUGCGGGGAUUUCUACGCGUGGCAGUGCAAGCUAUCGCAGCUGAUGAAGAAGCCCCUGAUUAUGGAUCUGGCAUUCGGCAGUCUGGAACAGCUAAAAUUUCUUUUGAUAAUGAGUAUUUUAAUAAGAGUGACUUUUCUUCUGUGGCGAUGACUCGCUCUGGGCUGUCGUUGGAGGAACUGAGGAUUGUGGAAGGACAGGGGCAGAGUACCGAGGUCAUCACUCCUCCAGAGGAGAUUAAUCGAAUGAAUGAACUGGACUUGAAGUCAGGCACUUUGCUGGACGGCAAGAUGGUGAUGGAAGGGUUCUCUGAGGAGGCUGGUGACCACCUGAAGCUGGGCAACGUGUUCACGUUCCGAGUGACCGUAUUGCAGGCCAGUGGCAUCCUCCCUGAGUACGCGGAUAUCUUCUGCCAGUUCAACUUUUUACAUCGCCAUGAUGAAGCUUUCUCCACGGAGCCCCUUAAAAACAAUGGCAGGGGCAGUCCCCUGGGCUUUUAUCAUGUCCAGAAUAUUGCAGUGGAAGUGACUGAGUCCUUUGUGGAGUACAUCAAAAGCAAGCCUAUUGUCUUUGAAGUGUUUGGCCACUAUCAGCAGCACCCUCUUCAUUUGCAGGGACAGGAGCUUAACAGCCCUCCCCAGCCCUCCCGGCGAUUCUUCCCACCACCAAUGCCACUCUCCAAACCAGUGCCAGCCACAAAAUUAAACACCAUGAGCAAGACAAGCUUGGGCCAGAGCAUGAGCAAAUAUGACCUCCUUGUUUGGUUUGAAAUCAGCGAGCUGGAGCCCACAGGAGAGUACAUCCCCGCUGUCGUGGACCAUACCGCAGGCCUGCCAUGUCAGGGGACCUACCUGCUUCACCAGGGCAUUCAGCGUCGGAUCACAGUGACCAUUAUCCAUGAGAAGGGCAGUGAGCUACAUUGGAAAGAUGUGCGGGAGCUGGUGGUAGGCCGCAUCCGGAAUAAAGCAGAGGUAGAUGAAGCUGCAGUGGAUGCCAUCUUGUCCCUGAACAUCAUCUCUGCCAAGUACCUCAAGUCUUCGCAUAAUUCCAGCAGGACUUUCUAUCGUUUUGAGGCAGUUUGGGAUAGUUCCCUGCAUAAUUCCCUCCUGCUGAACAGAGUGACACCGUAUGGUGAGAAGAUCUUCAUGACCCUGUCCGCAUACCUAGAGCUUGAUCACUGCAUCCAGCCAGCUGUGAUCACCAAAGAUGUCUGUAUGGUCUUCUAUUCCCGCGAUGCCAAGAUCUCACCCCCUCGCUCUCUGCGUAACCUCUUUGGCAGUGGCUACUCCAAGUCCCCAGACGCUAACCGGGUCACUGGAAUCUAUGAACUCAGCUUGUGCAAAAUGUCAGACACAGGCAGCCCAGGCAUGCAGAGGAGGAGAAGGAAAGUGCUGGACACCUCGGUAGCGUACGUCCGGGGAGAGGAGAAUCUGGCCGGCUGGCGACCCCGAGGAGACAGCCUGAUUCUCGAGCAUCAGUGGGAACUGGAGAAACUGGAGCUGCUGCAUGAGGUGGAGAAGACCCGUCACUUCCUGCUCCUGCGGGAGAAGCUCGGCGACAGCGUCCCCAAAUCCUUGAGUGAGUCGCUGUCCCCCAGCCUCAGCAGCGGGACCCUGAGCACCUCCACCAGCAUCUCCUCUCAGAUCUCCACCACCACCUUCGAGAGCGCCGUCACCCCCAGCGAGAGCAGCGGCUACGACUCGGCCGACAUCGAGAGCCUGGUGGAUCGGGAGAAAGAGCUGGCGACCAAGUGCCUGCAGCUUCUCACUCACACUUUCAACCGAGAAUUCAACCAAGUGUACAACAGCAUCAGCGAUUGUAAGCUGUCUGAUAUCUCACCAAUUGGGCGGGAUCCCUCAGUGUCCAGUUUCAGCAGUUCCACUCUCACCCCUUCGUCCACCUGCCCCUCUCUGACCGACUCCAGGUGCAACUCAGUGGAUCAAAAGACCCCUGAAGCCAACUCUCGGGCCUCCAGUCCCUGCCCAGAGUUUGAAGAGUUCCAGCUGAUCCCCACAGUGGAAACUCCCUACUUGGCCCGAGCUGGAAAGAAUGAGUUCCUCAACCUUGUGCCUGAUAUUGAAGAGAUUAGACCUGGCUCCGUGGUCUCCAAGAAGGGGUAUCUCCAUUUCAAGGAACCACACUCCAGCAACUGGGCCAAGCACUUUGUGGUGGUCCGUCGCCCGUAUGUUUUCAUCUACAACAGCGACAAGGAUCCGGUGGAGCGGGGGAUCAUCAACCUGUCCACGGCCCAGGUGGAGUUCAGCGAGGACCAGCAGGCCAUGGUGAAGACUCCCAACACUUUUGCCGUGUGCACAAAACACCGUGGGGUCCUGCUGCAGGCCAUCAAUGAUAAAGACAUGAAUGACUGGUUAUACGCCUUUAACCCACUCCUUGCGGGCACAAUACGGUCAAAACUCUCCCGCAUUCGCACCGGCCAACUGAAAUUCUGAGCCCCAGAGGGGCACCCUCUCUCGCCUUCAGAUAUAGAUCAAGUGUUACCUCCCAUUUCUCUUUGUGAUUCUUGACCGUUUCUCUUGUAUGUAAUCCCGUGGCUUAACUUCUCCUCCCCGUCCUGGCCUCCCCAUCCCCCAACACUUUUUCGAGCUCUCCUUACUCCCCUCUCCUUUGCCGUGUCUUUUCUUUUCUCCUAUGCUGAGAAUUCUAUUAGUAGCAUGUGGCCAAACAAAAUGAAAAAAGAAAAAAAAAGGGGGGGUGGGGAGUAAUCCAGAUGAUCUCCCACAAUUCUUUUUAAUUUUUUUUUAUUUUUUUUUUUUUUGGUUUUCUUUUGGGUAAUUGUUUUCCCAGUCUGACGAACUCUGGUGUCCGGACUGCUAUCCUUGGAUAUCGUUGUCUGACUUUCCAAGCCGUUGGAGGUGUCUCUUCUUCUCCUCCUCCUCCCUCUCCUCCUCCUCCUCCUCUUCCGUUUGUCCUCUGUGACUGUGAGGUCCCUGCGGUCAUCCCCUGAAGGCCUGAGAUCUGCAGGAGGAGGAUUCUGGCCCUUCCAGUUCUUUUUCUGGCCUUGCCUAGCCAAAGUUUCAGGGGCCAGCAGCCUCUUCUGGCUCUGCUUAGGCUCUCGUGAGGCGGUUGGGAAUGAGCUGAGAAGUGGGGCAGUUUGGCCUAUUUGGAGUUGGGACUCACGUCGGGCAAGGUUCUGGAAUUUCAGUUCAGCGGGUUGGUUUGGAACAGGUUGAGGAAGGGCAUUUAUAGUGGAACCGUGGCUGCCAUCACCUCUCUCAGAAGGGAGGCGGCCAAGUUGGACUUUUGGGAGCAGAGCCGGCUUGGGUGGCAUCACUGGGUUGAAAGCUCAGUGCUACGUAGGCAGGGUGAGCGGACAGACAUAUAGGUAGCUUUUACUCCCUGAGAGUGGUUCACCCAGGCCCUGCCCAGGUGGAGCAGACGGGAUCGCUGGGCCCAUUCAGUGAACAUCUGGGCUGUCCGGCUUCCACCUCGGGAGGACGUUUCAACUCCGUGGAGUUAAGCAGUCGGUUUUCUCCUCAGCCUUCCUUUCCCCCGAUGAAGUUGCCGAAUGGAGUCGUAUGAAGUGUGCUCUACAGAGGUUAGCCUUUAGGAUGCGGCGUUUUCCUUCCCCUUGCUGCCCGGGGGUGCCUGGAGCUGGAGCUCCCUCGGGGCAGAGGGCUCCUGAGUGUGGCCAGAAAGGUUAUUAGGUCCCUCCCUCGUCCUUGGUUUCUCCCCCCGGUCCUCUCUGCACAGCCCCCAAGAGCUGUUCCGAAUGGCACCCAGCCAAGAAAAGAUGACAGCAGAUGGAGGCAGAUGGGAGAGGAGGCUGAAGAUCCGGGAGAGGACAGCUGCAUGGUUGAGGCCAUGACCCCUGAGUCAAAGGCAGCUUAGUUUCUUAGUAGAGAAAAGCUGCCUCUCCGCCUGUCUCCUCUCGUCCUUCCCUUGGCCGCCUACUUUGCGUGGCCAGGUAGGGAGUCUUGCUAGAGGAGCAUGAGGGAAGUUGUCCCUCUUGUCCUGCUGGCGGGAAUCUCCAGUUUGGCCCUGUUGCUGCUGAAGGGUGAUCCCUGGAGUUGAUUUUUGUACUCCGCUGAAAAGUCUCCCAGGUCUCCCCUUUCCUCUCCGAAAGGUCAAUGCGUUCUACUGCGUUGAUGGGAAAGCCGAGCUCUCCAUGUGAUCUAAGUUUCUGUAAUUCACGUCUAGGGGGUCGUUUUGACAUCCUCCUCCUCCUCCUCAUCUCCCCAUCUCUAAGCAUCCUCCCCUCCCCAAUUUUCCUCCCUUAGGCAGCCAGGAAAGUAGUAUUAGACUGAGGGGAAGGAACAUGGUGUGAGAUGAUCGUUUCUCAUCCAGAGAGGGCGUGGGAACAUUGCCCCGGGUAGAGAAGUUGUCCUGCAGGCCAUCCAUCCCGAGUCAAUCCAUCUGCUCGUGGUGGUGCCCAAGGGCCUGGGGGACCUCAGUCAUCUGCUGUGGUGAUGCCCACGGGCCUGGGGAACCUCGGUCUGUCCGCUCGUGGUGGUGCCCAAGGGCCUGGGGAACCACAGCCUGUCCGUGGCCUUGCUCAAUGGGCUGGGGACCUCAGUAUCUGCUCAUGGCAGUGCCCAAGGGCCUGAGGAACCUCAAGUCUGUCCACUCUUGGCCAUGCCCAGGGACCCGGGGAAUCGCGGCCUGUUCACUUGUGGCCAUGUUCAGUGGGCUGGGGACCUCAGUCCGUGUGCUCAUGGGCAUACCCAAGAGGCUGUGAACAUCAGUCCGUCUGCGCCUGGGUGUGCCCAGGAACACUCAUCCUUGUGAACUUCCUCCAUCCCAGUAGCCUCAAGGCUGACAGCCCAGUGUAAAAGGAGCAGGAAGUGAUAUUCUUCCUUUUUCAAAGCUCUCAGGGGAGACAUCCUCCCCAUGGUGACUGUCUUUCCCCAUCUCCUCUCCUCUCACUUCCUUAAAACCCAGGCUCUUGAGGGCCUGAGAACAAACUUUCCUUAGUAACUGUAGUCUUGUUUUCUUCGUCAGUUGUGGUUUUUUAACACAUUAAUGCUUUGUCAUGUAACCAUACAAGAUGCACUUCUGGUGAGCAGACCCAAACCCCGGGGGAUGGCUUCCUGGGCUGGAAAAUGCAGCUGAUUUCCAGGUGAACUGAAGAUGCAAUUAGAAGUUCAUUUCAAGCAUUAAAAUCCCUGACGCUCCUGCCGUUGAGAGGCCUAAGGGCUCAGAGAGAGAGUGUGUGUUUGUGUGUACAUGCAUGCAUGUGUGUGGCUGGUAGAGGAGAAGGCUAGGCAGGGGACAGUGGGAUCAUGGACACCCUUUUGGUUUUGGGGUUUUUUUUUCAUAUUUUCCUAGAACAAAACUAGUUCGCAAAGUCUCUGCUUUGAAUAAAUCAGACGUGGGAGCAAGUCGAGCCGGCCUGCAAAGCCACACUUUGCAGAGCUAAGUAAUUAAGGGUCCUUGUUAUUAAAGCGGGAGCGAUCAGGAGGUAGCCCCAUUUGGGGAGGGGACAAGAGGGAUUGGGAUAGGAAGAGCGCCAGGGAAGCAACUCUCUUUCCACAGGGAGUCCAUUUCCUAUUGGAGCAUUUCUUUGAACCCCCAGUUAGGAGCUGACCUAGACUUCACUUCCCAUUAUGCCUUGUUGUGCUCCAAGGAUGAAGUCCCAGGGGAACGACUUCUAUGCCAGGCUCACUACAGGGAAGUCAGCUCGAGGUCCUCCCGAUGGUCAAAUCCGGGUCCAGCCACCAAGUUGGAAAAAAGACAUUUCUUUGCCAAUAAGUUAUCUAAGAUUCACCUGUCAAACCUACCGCUCGGUCUAGCCGCCCGUUCUUUUCACAGACUGUGCAGGAACCAGAGAGGAGUGUAAGUGGUUAAAGUCAGGGUCCUUUUCUCUCCAGCCAUAAAGCCCGGGGUGGAACGCGUGACUGUGGGCAGCCUGCUCGGGGGUCAACCAGCUCUCCGGGCAGGGGCCGUGCCAGGGGCCAUCCAACCUGCUGAGCACGGCCACCAGGCCCAGAGAGGGGCAACCAGGCACCUCCCCUUGGUUUGGAGGCUUGGAAGUUGUUUCCACUCACUGGGUGCCUAGGGUGGGGCGGGGUCUGCAGAGACCACCAGGUCCGAAACCCACCCUGGCUCUGCGGGCUGGGGUCCCGAUUUCCUUCGGGGGCUGCCCAGCCCCUGCGGCACCACUUACACUGGACCUUCUAGUUCGGUUCUCUCCCAGUACAGAAACAGGCAAAAAUGGAAAUAAUGGUGGCCCGCCUCUCCCUGACCGAAAGAUCGAUAGGACUUUUCCAGACACGUUUCAAAGCAAAGACUUGGCUGUCUGCUGCUUGUUACCUAAUUUACAGGGAUAUUUAAUUUUGUUAUGUAAUGUAUUGUAUAUUUAUACAUCUGUAAUUAAUUGCACAUGAGACAGGAAGGGAGAGGAUUAUCCAGACUCCUGCACCUGUCGGUACUCCGCAUUCAACUAGAACUGCCUACGCAUCACUCUGGUUCUCCUGUACAGCGCUGGUUUUAUGCCCCUGUGGUUCUCUGAUUUCCUUUUGGGGUCCCUUCUCUUUUAAAAAGGCCACAUUUGGCCUGCUGCCCGGAAGGGGACGGCCCCCGGCCGGCUGCUCGGCAGCCGCUCUCGGAAGGUUGUCCGACCGUAAAUGGGUUUCUAACUUCUAUGCGUUGCGACCGUCCAGUCUGGCCGCUGAUCGCCCAAGGACACGGUCCAAUCCAUUACCGUACGUAGCAGGAAUUGAAUUCAUUGUGUGCUUCCUCAUUCAAUUGAAACAUCCACCGUCUGGAACUGUGAUUUUUGUUCAAAAGGGCCACAUAGGAAAUUCGGAGCUCGGUCCCCAAGGGAAUUUUGGCAAGUCACUUCUCAUUCCUUUGAAAAUUUAUGCCUUUUUGGUCACAGAUUCAUCUUCAAUCCCACAGAGGAAAGCUAGGGUGUGCGCUGGUCUGCAAAGCUAAGUUUUCACCCUGUACAAAUAGGCUGGGAACGAUCGACCUGGACACUAAAGGGCUCUGGUUUUUCCGGCCAAGGCUCCCGUUCGUACGAGCCCCUCCACACGAUGCGAGUCCAAAAGCCCGAAUGGCCCCCUUGAACCAGUAUCUAGGCAAACCGUCUCCCCAAGGAAAAGAGUUGAGCACAUCGGCAACACUGUACAUUAUUAAUUUCGGAUUUUCAUUUUCAUGUUUUAUUUUGUAAAUAUAUCUGAUGUCCGGAGCUUGAGUAUACAAAAUGUAAAUAUAGUUCAUGUAUUUGUACUAAUUCCGAUCCAUUUGCUGUAUAGCCUUAGUUGUGCGAUGCAGACAUUAUCUAACUCUGUGUAUGGUAACCUUGCACCACGGAACUGUUAGUGAACGAGGUAAAAUAAUAAAGGUACAACCAGUGCA